AUGGGUCGCAAGAAAGCAGUUGCAGACGAUCUUCUGGCCGACAUCCCUGACACCGUUAACGCUCAACCAACACAAUCCCAGCCUCAACCAAAGCCAAAGCCCAAAAGAAUGAAGAAAGCCCAGCCUAAGGCAACGGCGAUCCAACACGCCUACUCCUACUCUAUGCAAGCUUUUGAAAUAAGGAAGGAGUUGGCUGACAAGAUGAGAGAAGUUGCUAGUCUACAAAGGACCAUUAAGAAGGCUAAGGCCAAGAUGAAGACUUUAUCAGACCAGGCCGAGGAAGCCAUAAAAGCAAAUGAUGAGGCCGAGGAAAAGGCUGAUGUUGCCGAGGCCAUUGCUAAAGUCCUUACGACUGAAAAGAAACAAGCCGAAGAAAAGAUGGCCGCGGCCCAAAAGGAGCUUCAAGGUGCCCUGGCGAUCCAGCACGCCUACUCCUACUCUAUGCAAGCUUUUGAAAUAAGGAAGGAGUUGGCUGACAAGAUGAGAGAAGUUGCUAGUCUACAAAGGACCAUUAAGAAGGCUAAGGCCAAGAUGAAGACUUUAUCAGACCAGGCCGAGGAAGCCAUAAAAGCAAAUGAUGAGGCCGAGGAAAAGGCUGAUGUUGCCGAGGCCAUUGCUAAAGUCCUUACGACUGAAAAGAAAGAAGCCGAAAAAAAGAUGGCCGUGGCCCAAAAGGAGCUUCAAGGUGCCCUGGCCACAAAAGAGGUUAAGAUCAAGGCCGCCGAUGAGAAGGCGUACGCAGAGGGGGUGGCCGGCGUCAAGGAGGACUACAAAAAACAGGUGAAGCAGGCAUGCAACGAGGGUUUCACCCUUGGUUAG